AUGGGUACUGGAAAGCCAGACUUGGCUGCCUAUUGGCCGAAGCCCGAGCUGAACCUGCCUUCGCCAUGGAGCCUCCCCCUCACGAUGCUUGCUACAGGUAAAAUGGUUGCCGUUGAAUCUCUAAGCAGGGACUCCCAGAUAUUUCGGUACCAGAACUGGUCUGGUCAAAUCCAGAUACCGAUUCAUACGCCAGAGUGGUUGACUAAUGUCUUCCCUAAUAUACUUGACAACUUACACGCCGGGGCCUUAUCGCUAGAUCUCUCUCGCUUCCACUUGGGAGGUUCGUUAACUACCGAGGAUUGGGAAGACCAAUGGUUUACUAUUAUCUGCGAUCCCCACUUCAGUUACGUCCCCUGUGGUCUAUCUGGCGAAGACGAGGUGGAAUAUAAACGUCUGGCAUGGAUCCAGGACGAUGCCCUCACGCCUAUUUCUGACCGUACCUGCGCCGACUUAUCUCCUCGUUUCCCGAUAACUCCUCCGUUCGUAACUUUCAACGGGUUUGUCGAUACCCAAAAGUUCCCCCUUGCCGAUGAUCCCUCCGUUGGUCUCGAUGAAAUAACCAGGAACUCGUCAGCCGUCUUCAGGUAUGCUAACUACGUUUACGCGAUGCUUCCCAAAUGCAAAGCACAUAUGAAGAAGAAGUGCGAGGAUUACCGCGUCGAGACAACACCAUUUCGCAAGCAUGGAAAAAAAGCCUAUAUUACUGGCUAUUUCCAUGGUUUCUGCAACAAGAAUACCGUCUUUACCUCUGAUUAUCCUUAUAACCCCCUUGAGUUUGUCCCACUCAUCGAGAUUAUCAAAGUUGACUGGGCUGCUGGGGAGCCUAGGCAGACCGCAGCCUCGCGCGAUCCGUUUUCUACGCCGUCAAAAGGAGAUAUGACUGAACGUACGAAGGGAAAAUUCAAGUUCGAUCCUCUCGCACAGAUGUCUGCCGACGCGAAAGUGCCUGGGCCUCUGUUUAAUAAUGGUUCACAAGCCUCGGACGCCAUUGUCGAUAAUGAUGAUCCGUUUUCUGUUAACGGCCUCCGCGACGUCGCGCCUAUUAAUAUAAAGCGAUCCGGAGAGGUAGAGACUAUUGAAGACAGCAGUGAUGGGGCGAGUCCAACGAAGCGGCCUAAACGGGGCAGUUUGCGUGGGAGGAAAUAG